AUGUGUCUUAUGGAAGGGAAGAGACCUGGCGCGGGGGCUCAGACGGCGCUGGGCGGCCGCCAGCUCGCACCUGGCACCCGCUACCUGCCCGGCGCGGGCCGCGAUCGGGAUCCGUCUAGCGCCGCGUUCCCUCGCGGGGGCGUGUUGGGGGGAGCCCUCUGUCCGACUGCCAAAAUGGUUAUCAAAGUGUUUGUUGCCACAUCUUCUGGGUCCAUAGCGAUUAGGAAGAAGCAACAAGAAGUAGUGGGCUUUUUGGAAGCUAAUAAGAUCGACUUUAAGGAAUUAGACAUUGCUGGAGAUGAAGACAAUAGGAAGUGGAUGAGGGAGAAUGUUCCUGGAGAGAAAAAACCUCAAAACGGAAUUCCUUUGCCCCCCCAGAUCUUCAAUGAAGAGCAGUAUUGUGGGGAUUUUGACUCUUUCUUCUCUGCAAAAGAAGAGAAUAUUAUUUAUUCGUUUCUGGGUUUAGCUCCCCCUCCAGACUCAAAGGUGACAAAAUCAUCUGAGGAAGCAUCUUCCCUUCCCAAUGGCGAUGUAGUGGGAGAGGUACAGGGCAGCACAGAGGGAACAGAGAAGACUGAAGAGAGUGGAGAAAAUGAGGCACAAAAAGAGGACAAUGAAGAUGCGGGCAAUCUCGCCGAAUCUCAAGAGAAGAAUAUGGAAGAGAUAACUGAGGAGGGAGCAGAAGGGGACGCAGAGGAAGAGGAAGCUGAGAAAGGAGAAGAAGAGGCAGGAGAAGAAGAAGGAGGAGAAGAGUCUUAGGCCUUUUCAUGCUUUAUUUCUUCAACAUUUCCAGAAAACCCAAGCCAUGAAGCAGUAUUUCAACUGUCUGCCCACAAACCAAACUCAACAAAAUGCUUUGGCGUGAAGCUAGCCCACCUCUCUCGGUACACCCGGGUUCACUGAGGAAUUGUACCAUUUGACAUGGUUAGAUGUGCACGGAUAUGUCUACCUGAUCUUAGAAACGUGAAAUUCUAUGUGAAGACAGCUCAUGCAUACCUUUGUGUGCCUGACAUCCUUGGCCUUUGCUUAAUUUUUUUUUUUUUUUUGCUCUGCAUGAAUAGAUCUUCUUACUAAUACCCUGAAAAAAAAAAAAAGAUUUUGAAAAAUGAUUUCGAAAUAUAGAACUUCUCUUUGUGAUGUAAUAAAAGUAUUUCUUCGUAUGUGCCUUCUGCUACUUGUCUCAGAAUUAGCUGAAAAUAAAGAGCUUUGAAAAUAAAGAGCUUUCCAGAAAACAAUCAUACAAAUAAAGAUUAAUGGCAGAUCUCUUG